GGUGUAUAAAAAAGCCACCUCAGCCUCUCUCUGUGUCUCAGCUCACAGGGCUUCCAGGAUCAUGGCCUAUAAAACGCUUCAAGUAGUCCUGUGUUCAACAUUGCUUAUCGGAGCAUUGGGAGCGCCAUUUUUGUUGGAGGACCCUGCAAACCAGUUCCUACGUCUCAAAAGACAUGUAAAUUUGCAGGAUUACUGGGACCCAGAUCACAGUUCAGAUGUGUGGGGAAACACACUGGCUAAGCAGGCUCGUGAAACAUGGAUUGCUUUGAAAACAACAGCACAGUAUUAUUUGGAUAUGAAUACCUUCACCUUUGACAUGUCUACUGCCCAGUAAAUAUGUUUUCCUGGUUAAAGCAGGAGGAUGAAGAUGGCGGAGGUUGGAAUGGCAUUGUGCCAAAACCAUGGGUUUUAGAGAUCUGAGGGUAUAUCCAUGCUGUUUACUACAUUAUUUAUUAUGCCUGUCUCAAAGUUGUUGAAAACAGUAGUUAUGAAAACCCAUGUAGAAACCUGGAAUAAGACAUUCUCAAUAAAUGGUAGUUCUCAAAAAAAGAACUAAAAAAAAAAAGGCUGUAGUAAUAACAUUUACCAAAAUGAUGGCAUUUAUGGGAAAAGGAAAGCAAAAACAAAAACAAAAAAAAAGUAGUUUCAUUAAACCACUCUGUUCAUAGCUUUUACUCUCUAUUGCCUCUUCUUUGAGAGAGUUUUUUAAUUCAAAGAAGGACAGGGAGCUCUCAAAUAGAGCUGAUCCUCUUCUCUCUUCUUCAGUGCUUGUCGCAUUCUUAAGUCAGUCGAUUUUAAAACCAUGAUUUUGAAACGUUUUUCAUCAAAGGUGUACUGCUGAGUGGAGAAUACAGCCUUACCUUAAUAUAACAAGUAGAUAGUGGCUAGGAACUCAAUGGAAGUCAUUCACUUGUAAGUGCAAAUUUCUUCUAAGUUUUGUAAAAUUUUUGUAAGCUUUGCAUUCUGUUCCACAAUUUAUUGAUGUUUGUUUUAAUGUGAAAUAACAGUUUUGACUCACUGGCCAGGCACAUUUUAUAAUUUUUUCAAUUAAAACUGAAAAAUUGGCCAUAGGGAAAAGUGGACUGCAUUUAUCCUAUAACUUUCCUAAUAUUCAUGGAUUACCACCUCAGUUUGAGAAGCAUUGAGAUGAUACAACUAAUUGCCAAGAUUGCCCCCCAAAAUCACAGGUAAAUGGAAUUUUUGUCCUCAGAAGUCUAUUUAUCUCCAUUCUCUAUUCUCUAUUUUAGUUGUUCUCUCGAACAAUUUAUUUUUACCUUUUAAGGUAAAUGGAAACAUUUCCCUAAGACCUUAGUUGAUCUUAUGUGGUCUUAAAACAAUCUUAAGCACUUUUUGAGUGGCAAGUAAAUCAGAAAAACCAAAUGCCAAGAAGUUGACUGGAAGGACUUGGGUCUCAGCAAUUUCUUCUCCAAAAGGACACUGACAGCUGCUCAGUAUUCCACAUUUCCCAUCCUAUGGCCUAGAGGUGUUUUCAGUGAGAAAUUUAAGGCUAAUUUAUAACUUAUUAAGUUAACUGCUAUCCAUUUCCAAUAAAUAUGAACAUAGAUUUUUAAAUUACAUCUGAACAAACAAAACAAAGAUGAUGAAUCAUUUAGUUUUGCAGUGGGAAAUAAGUUUGAGAGUGUACAUAAAUAUAUCUUCAGUGUUUUAACAAUAAUAUACGUUUUACUAACACAAAGUUUCAUUCUUUAAUUAUUUAAUAAAAAAUUGAGAAUGUCUCUGUAUUAGGGUUCUCCAGAGAAACAGAACCAAUAAGAUAUGUAUAUAUAGAGAUGCUCCUCAACUUACGAUGGCGUUACAUCCCAAUAAACCCGUCACACGCUGAAAAUAUCAUAAGUCAAAAGUGCAUUUAAUACACCUGACCUACCCAACCUCAUAGCUUUGCCUAGCCCACUGAUGUGGUUUGGCUCUGUGUUCCCACCCAAAUCUCAUGUUAAAUUGUAAUUCCCAUGGCCGGGCAUGGUGGCUCACACCUGUAAUCCCAGCACUUUGAGAGGCUGAGGCAGGCAGAUCACCUGAGGUCGGGAGUUCGAGACCAGCCUGACCAACAUGGAGAAACCCUGUCUCUACUAAAAAUACAAAAUUAGCCGGGCGUAGUGGCACAUGCCUGUAAUCCCAGCUACUUGGGAGGCUGAGGCAGAAGAAUUACUUGAACCCGGAAGGCAGAGGUUGUGGUGAGCCAAGAUUGUGCCAUUGCACUCCAGCCUGGGCAACAAGAGCGAAACUCCGUCACAAAAAUAAAAAAUAAAAAAAAUUGUAAUUCCCAGUGUUGGUGGCAGGGCCUGGUGGGAGGUGUGGUGAUCAUGGGGGUGGUUUCUAAUGGUUUAGCGCUAUUUCCCUAGUGCUGUCUUGUGACAGAGUUCUCACAAGAUCUGGUUAUUUAAAAGUAUGUAGCAUCUCCCCUUACCUCGCUCUCUCCUGCCACCGUGUGAAGAUUUGCCUGCUUCCUCUUCACCCUUCCGCCAUGAUUGUAAGUUUCCUGGGAACUUCCCAGCUGUGCUUUCUGUACAACCUGUGGAAGCCAGUCAAUUAAACCUCUUUUCUUUAUAAA